GAGGGCAUUAUUAAGCGGCAUGAUCGGCCGCUCCUCUCCAUUACUGUAAUCAUUCAUUCCAGGUUAAUUACUCCAACAUUCCAACUUCUUGCUCUCCAACGUUGCCGAUGCCGAUGCCGAUAUCGCCUACUGUGUGGUUCUUAUUGCAUGGUAGGGCCCCUUGCAUCCAUGGUCUACUCAUAAUCAUCGUCAUCAUCAUCAUCAAACAUCAUGAGAUGAUUUGGAGGCAUCUCAAAGCGAUUCUGCUACUGCAGACUAUCCUCGUACUAAUCCUGCAUUUUGAGUACAAGUGCCAGAGCUACACUUGGUCGUACCAAAGUAAUGCAAUCGUCGCAAGACGGUGGUACUGCCUGACCUUCGUUAGCCGUGCGACGGCGAUAUAACCUUACAUACACCUCGCACCAGGGCGGUCACACGCCAACAAAACUUCUCGC